GGCAGCGGCAAUGGAACCAGCGGAGCAGCUGAGCGAGUUAGUGUCAGCCGAGGGCCGAAACCGGAAGGCGGUGCUGUGCCAGCGUUGCGGCUCCCGGGUGCUGCAGCCAGGGACCGCUCUCUUCUCUCGCCGACAGCUUUUCCUUCCCUCCAUGAGAAAGAAGCCAGCUCUGUCUGACGGCAGCAAUCCUGAUGGUGAUCUCCUCCAGGAACACUGGCUGGUUGAGGACAUGUUCAUUUUUGAGAAUGUGGGCUUCACCAAGGACGUGGGCAACAUCAAGUUUCUGGUCUGCGCAGACUGUGAAAUUGGACCAAUUGGUUGGCAUUGCCUAGAUGACAAGAACAGUUUCUAUGUGGCCUUGGAACGAGUUUCCCAUGAGUAACUGAGGGGAAGGGUACCCAGUUCCACCUCCAAAGAUAAACCUGCUCCCCACAAGAACUGGCCUUUAAUGUGGUCUAACUGUUCUGCUGCCUUCUUCUCUGUGCUAAUAUAAAUACUGAGUACCAGCAUGUCCACUUGAACAUGCAGAGGGUUAAUCCUGCUUCCUAAAGCCUCACGUACAUGCCUCCUGCCUAGUUCACUUUGCGUCACAUUUCCUAAGCUCCUUUUUCCCCCAGUUUUGGGACACUGCUUACCUCCACAAAUCUCAUCUCUUCCCUCACAUUCUGCCUAGGCUCUGUUUUGCCCAGGGGCUCCCUCUUUUUCUUGCUCUAGAAGAGCAGUAUUCAACCGUUUAGCUAUGACGACACGUAACAAAAGAUGCUUAUGUACUAAUAGUUGAAAGUCUGCCUUUUUCUCAUUCAAGAAGGCAUACAAAUAUCUGAGAGUGACUUUGUUGUAUAGCUACCCUUGUGAUCUACAGUAAUUUAAUCAAACUAAUGGUAAAGCAUUUACAAAACUCAGUAUUUAAACCACUAACCAGAAACAUUACUUGGGAUGCAUCUCC